AUGUCAUCCAACGCCUCCACCUACUCCAACCCCUUCGCCGUCGACCCUGCCGAGAUCCGCGACAUCAACGUUCAUGCACGCGUCCCCGUGAUCCUCGACGACUCCAACUCCACGUACUUCGCGUGGAAGACGUACUUCACGCUGCUCUUCCGCGAGAACAAUCUCGUGGAUCACGUGGAUGGCACCGUGGACUUCCGCGCCAUGGUGGACGACGCCGAGUGGACCGCGAUCGACGCCACGAUCAUCCGGUGGUUCUUCACCACCAUCUCCAAGGACUUGUUCCACACCGUCGUGAGCGCCGGCGACGACGCCCGCGCCCUGUGGGUCAAGCUGAACGGCCUCUUUACCGACAACAAGCUUCAGCGCCGCGUUUUUUUGCAGCAGGAAUUUUUUGACUGUCACCAGGAUAAACAGUCCAUUGAUGACUACUGCCGCCGCCUGAAGACGUUGGCGGAUGAGCUCCGUGACAUUGGAGCCAUGGUGGACGACGACCUCCUCCUCAGCACGCUCACCGCCGGCCUCAACGAGGACUUCGACAACGCCGCCUCUAACCUCACCUUGAUGCCGGAGCCCUCCUUCCCCAAGUUUGUGGCGUACUUGAGGUUGGAGGAGCGCAGGAUGAAGGGGUCAAGAAGCGUGUGCAGCACCACGCCCUCGCCGCCAGCACCUCCCGCGGCGCCCCUCCACCGACCGCCCACCCGCGCCGCGCCAGCAGCCGCCGCUACCAACGCCUCCGGGGUACUUCCCCCUCCCGCCCGCCCCUCCCACUGCCCCCAGCAGCCGGGUGGCAGGCGCCACGGCAACCGCCGUGGGGGCGGCCGCAAGCAGCAACAGGCGUCGGGGGGGGGGGGGCCCCGGCAACCGCCGUGGGGGCGGCCGCAAGCAGCAACGGGCGUCGGGGGGGGGGGGGGCUCGUCAGCAGCAGCAGCAGGUGACUCCCCCAUGGACGUACGGCACCAACCCGUGGACCGACGUCGUCCACGCGUACUCCAUGCCGGUCCCUCGGGCUCCGGCUCCGGGGGGGCCCGCCCGGCGGGUCACCAGGCCCUCUUCGCCGCGCAGAACGCCGCUCCCUACAGCGGCUAUGGUGCCCCCUCCCCCGCCGGCCCCCGCCUACGGGUCUGCGCCGGCCUAUGGGGCCGCGCCCGCCUACGGCGCCGCCGCCGCCACCGCUCCGGCCUUUGGGGCUGCUCCCGCACCGGCCUACGGAGGGUGCUACCCUCCUCAGGUGCCGCCGCCGUGGGACCCGGCCUUGCUCGCUGCACUGCACUCCGCCCCGUCACCGAGCUCCUAUGGUGGCGGUGGUGA